AUGAUCCGGGCUUACUCUUCGUGCCAUGGGACCAGCCUUCAAUUAUACUCCCGAGCUCACAGAUGUGGUAUUUUUCCGGACCAUUUUGCCCUCCCUGCCGCUCUCAAGGCUUGUGCUGAGACCCUUAACAUGACCAUGGGCAAACAAGUCCAUGCCCAAAUCAUCAAAUUUGGGCCUUUAUCAAACAUAUUUGUGCACACUAAUUUGAUUUAUAUGUAUGCUAAUUGUGGUAGCAUUAGCGAUGCACACUUAGUAUUUGCUACUAUUCCUCAAAGAAAUGUGGUCACAUGGAAUGUGAUGAUAUCAGGCUAUGCUAAGGCUGGUCACAUGAUGGAAGCCCUAAAUCUCUUGAAAAAUAUGAAAAAUGAGAAUUUAAGACCUAAUGAGAUUAGUAUUGUGAGUGUAGUUUCUAGUUGUGCUCAUUUCGGUGCACUAGACUAUGGUGCCAUGAUGCAUGGCUAUGCAUGGAGACGUGGGUAUCAUGGGGUCAUGAUCAUCAACAAUUCCAUCAUCGACAUGUAUGCGAAAUGCGGGCGGUUGUGCAUGGCUCGAGCGGUAUUCAACGAGAUGCAGACGAGGAGCAUGGCAUCUUGGGGGGCAAUGAUGGGGGGUCUUGCCAUGCACGGACGCGGCAUGCAGGCACUUGGGUUGCUAUCUGACAUGCUCGAGGAAGGCGUGAGGCCUGAUAGGGCGGCUUUCACUAGCGUUUUGUGCGCGUGCAGCCACUCGGGGCUGGUGAACGAAGGGAGACUAUGGUUCGUGAGGAUGGUUCGAGACUUUGGGCUUGAGCCGUCGGUUCAACACUACGGGUGCAUGGUGGACCUAUUGGCUCGAGCCGGGCUCAUGGACGAGGCCUACCGGUUUGUGAUGACAAUGCCUAUCGAGCCAGAUGGUGCAAUGUGGCGCACUAUGGGGUGCGCUUGCCUGGCUCAUGGUGACUUAAGGAUUGGUGACAUUGUGAUUGAGAAAUUGCUUGAAUUGGACCCAAACAAUGGGGGUGACCUGGUGCUAAUCUCUAACAUGUAUGCAUGGUUGGGGAGGUGGGUGGAUGUUGCCAGGGUUAGAAAGGAGAUGAGAGAUAGAGGGGUUAAAAAGAGUAUUAGCUAUAGCAUUGUUGAGGUGAACAAUGUUCUUCAUGAAUUUGUGAGUGGAGAUGAGACACACCCUGAAGCUAGAGAGAUCUACUGGAUGGUAGAUCACUUGGUAGAGCAACUUAGGCAUGUGGGUUAUGUUUCAUGGCCUAUACUUAUGGAUACCUAG